AUGGCGGACGUCGACCUCAAAGCCGUCAAGAACAAGCUCGUCGAGGUAGCUAGAAUAGCUGGGCGGAUGAUCAUGGACUCCAACUAUCAGCAGGACUUUGAGACCGACACCAAGUUCAACGCCGUCGACCUCGUCACAGAAACCGACAAGGCAGUCGAGGAAUACAUCUCGGCCGCCCUCCGCGAAACCUUCCCCACCUUCUCCUUCAUGGGCGAGGAGACCUUCCAACCCGGCACCAAAGUCGGCCCGGAGCCCACAUUUGUCGUGGACCCCAUCGACGGCACCACCAACUUUAUCCACUCCUUCCCCCACGCCUGCGUGUCGCUCGGCCUGGCCGUGGACCGCACCCCGACCGUCGGCGUCAUCUACAACCCCUUUCUCGACAUCCUCUACUGGGCCAUCCAGGGCCAGGGCGCCUUCAUGCAGACCCGGCCCGGCGGCGCGGCCAUCGACCGACGUCUACCGCUCGCCCGCACACCCGCUCCCUUGCAAGGGCUCGCCAAGGCGCUCCCGGGCCACGGGGGCGCCAUGGUGCACUCGCUGCGGUCCUUGGGCUCGGCGGCGCUGAACCUCGCGGCCGUGGCGGCGGGCCAGCUCGACUUGUUCUGGGAGGGCGGGUGCUUCGCCUGGGACGUUUGCGCGGGCUGGUGUAUCCUCGCGGAGGCGGGAGGGUUGAUGGUGAGCGGGAACCCGGGCAAUUGGGAGCCGGCGUUGGAGGAGAGGGUGUAUCUCGCCGUGCGGGCGGCACCGAGCGGGCAGCGGGAGAUUGCGGAGGAGUUUUGGGGCCUCACUGUGCCAAACGAGCUCAACUUCCAGGGCUUCGUCAGGUCGGACUGGGGUGCGCAGCAUACCAGCAUCGAGUCCGCGCUCAACGGGCUCGACAUGACGAUGCCCGGCGACCGGUUCGGGCGCGAGACGGGGGUUACCAAUCUCUCCGGGGCGGUGCGCAUCAUGGCGGCCUACUACAAGGUCCACGUGGACGACAAGGAAGAGCGUCCCGAUCAUAUCAACUUCCACGCCAGAUGCUUAACAAGCUCUUCCAGAUGUGUCACUGACGCCUGCGACAUCCGCCGCACCACCAGCCCGGCUGGUCAGUGCACUCUCGGCGGCUUCCCGUCUUACGUCGUCAGGGUCAGCAACAUCGCCCACAAGCCCCCAAGUGCCUCUAGAAAUGAGGGCACUCCACCCGCCCCUCGGUCCUCAUACUUUCUAUGCUCGCUUCCUAAACUACUCGUAGGGUAA